AUGGGUAAAACACCCCAACAAAUAGACCUCUUUUAUGGAUUCUUUGUACUAAAGUGCUCAGCUUGGGAGCGAUUGAAACUGCUUAACACUUUGACUUAUCUUUCAUGCCUGCUUUUUGUCUCUAACACUGCUUCUACUUCUCUUCCAGGCAGACAUUAUGUGCCUUUACUCUUCAAUAUCCUGUUUUUCUUUUUCUGUGUCAAUGUGGGUUUUCCUCACUUAAAUUUCCUUGGUCUCUGAAUCCUAAGUCUUCCUACUCCAAUCCUCUCUGCUUUCAUUAAGUGUUUCUCCUUUAAUGUCAGUACCUCUUUUCUUUUUCUCCACCAGCUUGGAUUCUUCAAGCGAGCCAUCUACUACCGGAUAAUGCCAAAGCACCACGGGGUGAGAAUUUGCAAGGCAGAGCGCUACCAGUUCAGUCUGGGAUUGCAGCCUGGGGAGCCACAGAAAAAGUAUUGGAUCACCAACUGGACAGAGAUGCAGCGUUACUACUACUGAGGCCCUCACUUUGGACCGUUAACUGUCACGCUGGUUUGACACGGGCCAAACAUUGA